UGCCCAUCAGGCCUGCGCCUGCCACUCUUUGGUGUGCGAGGGAGGGCCGGCGUCAGGAAGUGGUCGGAGCCUGAUGUUAAAACGGACACUGAGUGACCACAUCCUGCUGCAGUUCCUGCACUUAAGCAUCAGCGCGAGCAGCUCCUCCGACUCGGCGUCUCCGCGGCAGCGCCACACAACACCCGGCACCUGCGCCACCCCGCGCCCGCUGCUAGCCUUCGCGUCUCUCCGAAGAUGAGCCGUCGCUCCAUCCUCAUCGUCAUCCUGCUGCUGAACUUCAGCGGAACAGACGCUCUAGAAGAGGCCGAGGUCUGCUACAUCCUUGAUGGGAUUCUCUUUCUCUACGGCAUUAUCCUCACCGUCCUCUACUGCAGACUGAAGGUGAGGUCCUCAUCAGGGAGCGUCGUCUGGCUCUCAGAAAGGCCAAAGAAACAAGGUCACGAGGAGGGCGUGUACACCGGAUUAACCCCUCAUGCCCAGGACACUUAUGAGACCAUCGACCUACAAAAGAAGGGCAAUGUUUGACUGCGACAUGGCGGGACACAAUAAGUGUUGUAUACGAAGACCUUACAGCUCUCUUUUGUGACACUUUUCUUUUGGACUUGUCACGCUAUAAGAAACAAUGCAGCACCCGUGCAGGACCCAUGCAGGACUCAACAAAUCACAGUAGUGCUGCUGCAAUGUAACGUCUUUUCAUCAUUUGUUUCUCUGCUAAUAGCAACAACUUUUAUAUGUACAUUAUUCUAAUUGUGAGUUUACAGUUAUUUUAUUUGUACUUUUGUACAUUUGUGCUAAUGUUCGGGACAUGCAGCACACAC